AUGCCAGCACCACUCGAGCAUAAUCCUCCCGACAGACGGGACGAAGAUGCCAGUACAUUGCUGGAUACCAGGAAGAUGAGGAUUUUAGCGAUAUCGACUCCGACUCAAGUCAAUAGCUACUUUCGAGAGGUGUACGGUAGGGCAUAUCCUGCCGACAGAAACAUACCAGCAUUUGUACCCCUGGAUAACGGAGAGGCAGCUCGGUUGGAGAUUCAGCACCAUUACAUGAAACUCAUGAUUGGAUCCAACUACUUCGGACCUGUUCUGGAAAUACUACAACCACACCCUACACGCCGAAAGCGGGUUUUGGACGUGUUUACAGCCGAUGGAACAUGGGCACAAGAAAUGGCCACGGAAUUCCCUCACGUGGAUUUCGUUAGCCUCGACAUGAUACCCCUUGUUCCGCACGCACCAAGACCCAACAUCAGCUUUGAGGUAUACGACGUCUACAACGGCCUGGCCGAACCAGACGCAUCUUUCGACAUAGUUCAUGCUCGAAGAACCAUCACACAGCCCGAUGCCACCAACAUACUAUCUCAGUUUCGGGACUAUAAUUCAUUCUUACGCGAAAUACAUAGGGUGUUAAAACCCGGGGGCUUGAUAUUGUUCGGACAGGUUGAGAUAGAAGUGUAUGAAUAUACCUCGCCGGAUCAGUCCACGCCCAAUGACCCGGGCAGUACGCUAUUCCCCGGCCCCCAUGUGAUCCAGGCAAAACGUUCGCUUCCCGUCAUGACCCACGGGAUGUAUUUGCUUCGUAAAUCACUUGAAGCCCAGUCGGUUCGGGUAGAUAUGUGGCGCGAAUUACCUGAGCUCCUUACCCCCGGAUCUUCCCUGUGGCACUUGCAACCACACGAACGCGAAAUGAAGUUUGAUGACGUUCAAACCUAUUCACCAACUGUGGAAACUGCUUGUGCUCGUCCAGUUAAGGGAUUCAAAGACGUCACUUCUCGUAUUCACAUUUAUCCUACUACGGGAUGGCAUCAAUCACCUCGACUUCGAGCUUUGGGAGAAAUCGUCCAGCAAACAGGGGAAUGGAGCUGGAGAAACUUUGGUCUACUGUUUCGACAGGGUAAUCUUAUGGACGAAAAACAGGCCAACGAACUGAUUGAGGCUGGGCAAAAAGAGAGGACGUCACGAGAGAUCUGGCAGGUCAUGCGAUACCACACUAUUUAUGCUAUGAAGAUUUAG